CCACCGCCGCGGAUGCAGCUGACGCAGAUCAUCACGCUUGGAAAUCUGGCAGGGGGCGGACAGCGGUACCGGUAUGCGAAAACUCUCUGUUAAGCUAUGCCCCGACGAACACGCUUUGAGAUCGUUCGGCGCAGUACAUACGUAGCUUGAAGUCACUGAGGAUGCCUAAGUCAGGACGACGGUAUUGCCCUUGCUUGUGAAAACAACACUGUUUUCUUUAAACUAUUUUGCUUUGAGAGAGAGAGAGAUGAGCACAAACUGAAUUGGGAUGCACAGAGAGAGUGAGAACUACUUCAUUUUACAAGUGGUCCUUUGUCCAAACCGUCAUCUCUUGUAACACAUUGCGAUGCUUUCUACCUUUUGAUUUGGAAGCGGGUGCGAAUUCAAUCCGCAGUGAACUGAACGCGCAUUGUCCAGGCCCGAAUUGUUUGAAAACAUUUUCUUCGCUAUAGUGUCGGAAACGAAGUCAAAGCGCUAGCGAGCAUUGUCGCACAAAGGUGUCCGCUGGUUUGUGUGUUUCUUUUCUUUCUUUUUUCUUUUAUUUUCUUGUUGUCGUCGUUUCCUUUUCCUUUCUUUCUUUUUUCGACACUGACCUUUUAUUUUUGGAUUCGUUUUUGGUUUUGCCUUCCGACCUUCAGCCAAAAAAAACAUGUUCCUAGCUAGAGGGAAGCGUGCGGCCCAAAGUAUAUAAACUUCCGCCUCGCCGCUUUCCAAGACUCAGCUAGAUUUCAGCUACCAUCUUAUAAUUUCAACAAAGCGUGCGAAAACAUUUUUUUUUUUUUCUUCCACUAAUGCGAAAGAAGGGGAAAGGAAACAAAGAAGGCUGCGAUAGACGCGCGCGUACUGUAUGUUUACCUGGGCCCUUGAAUAGGGGGAACAGGUAGCUAUCGUUACAAGGGUCUGCCGACAAGAUAGAAAUACCCUACAACGGGAACAGAAAGAUACGAGAAUACCAAUCCGUAACGAGAAAGCGGAGUAGAGGCUAAAGAGCCCUCUCGCCCUCCCACGCUGCGCGCUCGCGCGAUUGGCGAACGUUGGUCACGUGUGUCGUUGCGUGGCGGCUUUGCCCCGCCUUCUCCGCUCGAGACGCGGACGGAGGAAGAGGAGGAGGCCAGGACGAGGAGGAGCGCGCACUUUUUCAAAGCUCGCUCGAGUCCGAACGCGCCACAGCGUGGUGUGGCUGGCGACCGUGCACGAAGGGUUCCGCCAGAUCGUCAGCGUCCAAGGCGAGCCAGCAGCUACCUUGCCUUCCGACUGUGACAGCCGGCAGCAAUAUCCGGAACAAUGCGGGAGCUCGUCUUGGUGGUCGCCCUCGUCCUCUGCUGCGCUCUGCAGCUGGUCACGUCGGCGGCACUCGGUGGCGACGACGAGGGAACGGAAUCCCACGAUCAGUGGCUCCAGAAUGACCCAGAGAUAGAACCCGAAGAUGCGGACGAUUACAGCCUGCAGUGGGUGGGAACGCCACCGUCUUCUGGUUAUUACCGCUGGCACGACGACAUCAUGCGCCGGUCCCGCAAGUCGACAGGCGGCCGCUACACGGCGGGCGAGUUGGUGGAAAUGCUCCGCAGGCUGGCCGCGUCUAGGAAGCUGCGACAGGUGCGCGUCGCCAACAAGGCCAUCCGGUUCGGCAUCAGCAAGAGGUCGCUACGGCAGCGCUUCUAGGCCGCGGGCUCCCCCUGCCGACCACGGCUCCUCUCUCUCUCUAUACGCCUCGCGCACUCGCUAUGCGUGCGUGAGGCCCACUGCGUCGCUUCUUCAUUCGGCAUCCUUCGGUGACCGCCACCGACUGCAGACACUGUACAGGAAGGAGGCUGUGACACUGCGACAGCGUCGCACACAGCCAACUGCGGAUUCCCACGCACUUUGUGUGCGUCUGUGCGUGCGUGCGUGCGUGUGUGUGAGGAACUCAAUGCUACAGGCACGCCUUCCUUCAUGCCGCGUUUCCUUGCGCAUAUCGAGCAUAGAAGCGUCGUUUAGAAAUACUUCAACAAUAAAGAAAGAGCGAGAGGAAAAGAAGAGUGAGAGUGACAUAGGAGAUGGCUAGUGAUGAAGAUGAAAAUAAUGCCAUAAGAUAGAUAAAUAAAUGCGGGAAGCACGCUGUAUGAAAGAAAUAUGAGCAUUAUAUUGCAUCAUUAGUAUUCGAGGCUCUAGAACUGCUGCACGAAAGUCGUCAUGUCACAGCCUCCUCCUUCUUCCACUGGCACGCAUCGAUUUACAAAUCGUGGCCCGCGUGUGCUUUCCCAGCCGUCGCUCUUAUAAGAAACAACAACGUGUCGCGCAUUUGCGGCAUCUCCGGCGUCGGCGCGUCUGAAUCACGUUGCGCGAUUUAUUUGCUGUAAUGCUGAUCGAAAAUGUGUCAGACAUUAAGAGAAGCUUAGUGAAUGGGAGUCCCCAGUGAUCAAUCGUGCGUGAACCGGACGCGUCGACGCUGGGCGACGCCCGAUACGAGUCCCAUGUGGUUGCCGACUCAUCGUGUAUUUGCGGAGCAGAAAGCAGCUUAACUGGUUUAGCUCUGCUGCCUCGCACCGCCAGGAGGCCAAUACUCUCGCGGCACCCAACUACCAAUGUGGUUUCAGGGAUACGCAUAUACAUACAUAUAUACAUAUGCAUACAUACAUAUAUAUUUAACAGCAAAUAUCUAUAUUUACGGGUACACAUAUGUAUACAAGUACCUAACAGAGCAGAAUACUAUAUUAAAAAUAUAGAACAUGCGGAGGGUACGGUUUAGCCAAUGAAAGGUGCGCAAAGCUGAUAAAAGUAAAACAACGUAUUUACCGGUGCCCAAACGUAUUUUUCUAUUCAGCAGACAGCUCUCGUAUGGCAGAUGGCUGUCUGAGGAGCCGCUCGCUAAAAACAGGAGAAGAAAAAAAUGUUGGUCGGAGCAAAACCAAAUGCAUGUUGGUAGUCGUCCUGGAGCGUAUAGGGACGGCCUUUUUGCGACGGCAACGUUGCUCCCAACGAUCGUGUUUUGUGCCGAAAAAGUGCUAAGUGUCAAUGAAAGUAAAGAAAUUCUUUUUUGAGUAGACAAGGCGAGUUUUUGUGAGAGAUGAUUAAAUUAUUUACAACCUUCGGUCCAACAAGUUGAAAGUCAGGACUAGAAGUAAAUCGAACCAGCGAGGUUACUGCAAUCGUUCAAGUACAUCGACACGUAAAAGACAAUAACUGAAAACAGUUACAGCUUGUGCGUCUCAUAGUUACGAGUAAAGCUUACAAGGACUUUUCCUUUUUUUUAGUUUGUUACCUCUUUUGCCUCAGGGGCAUAUCCCUGAGCUUGUAGCUGAGUAUUUCUACUGAAACUAUUUGGGGCAGCUUCCUUUUUUUUUUUUUUCUCUCUGUCUCUCGCUCACUGGUAUAUGCCCAGAGUGAAAGUUUAGGUUUUACACUAAUUUCUCCUUUCCUUCUUGUUCUGCUGAGAGAAUGUUCUUUUCGCAGGCUCAUGACACUUUAUCUCUAUUGCAUUUCAAUAUUUCUCAGCUAUACUCAUCUGCUUCUAAUUACAUGAUCACACAUUCGGAACCGUGGUCUUCAUUUUACAAAAUGAAGCGGGAAGAUGCGGAAGAAGCGGGAAUAAGAGGGAAAGCGGGAAAGAGCGGGAAGAAGCGGGAAUUAGCGGGAAGAUGCAAAAACGACUACUUGUGAGCUUUUUCUUUUCUUUAAAAAAAAACGAAAUUUUCAGGAAUCGACGAGGCGUUAUCCGUUUCCGGUAGCUGUUUUCUGUUUGCCUACAUCAUGCUUCAUUUUUUUUUCCUUAUUAUGUUGUCGCACCUUACCGAAGGAAAAACAAAAAAGAAAACAUGCAAAUAUUUCAUGAGUCACCCACUCUCACCUAUUUAUUUUUCAUGUCAUUAUUUAUUAAAAAGUAAACAAGUGACACUAGGCGGCAAUUGCAAAUACGUGUAGCGAAACGUCACUUGACUUUCUCCUCGAUAAAUUAUCAAUUGUCAUCUCCCCCUUUAAAAAAAAAGAAAAUGUUCAAGUUGUGCUUACAUUGUGUUAGUUCGCCAUGACUGUUCCGGUUUACAAGGCCCACCCGCUCCUGUGUAGUUAGCUGGCUGUCGCAAAGUAGAUGUACACUUAGAUAAAAAAUGUAAACAAGCCUUCAACCCCCCUCCCCCCUCCCCUCCCCCCCGAGUAAGUUUAUCACAUUUGCUGCGUCGCUGCUAUGCGAUUCGCAUUUCGCACAGACUAACAUUAGAUGUUACGGAGAGUCAUAUUUCGACACGACGAUUCUCGUGAAAGACGAAGAUGUCUUGGACGGGAAGCGGAACAGCAAAAUGAACUUGAAGAACACAGAACAGUAGGACGAAUCUCCCCGCAUCGAAGGCGAAAUUAUAAAACAAGAAGGAAAAUAAAUAAAUGAAUAGGAAAGCCGGGCCUAAACUAAACUUUGUGCGUUUGCUAUAAACGGCUCAUAGAAGUACUUACGUACACUUAAUAAGAAUUUAUAUUGCCUUUAUACGUACUGCAAUGGAUAAUAAAGGCUGUUCUCUUAGGCGCUUUGAACAAAAUCAAAAACUGCAAAAGCAAAAGGCAGACCAACGCUUUUCUUUAUUAAAAUUAAAAUGAAAGAAAGAGACGUAGUCACCUUAUAAUGCUGAUGGCUACUCCUUUUCUCAUAGCGGAAACAACAAUAUAAAGAAAAUAUGUAGGAAAAUGAAAAGAAAUCUCUUCAUACGGUCAGAAAGCCACAUCACAGUCCUAUACGCCUAUGAACAUAACAGUAUAAAAGUCAAAUGCAAGUUGCACCACAAUGAGUUCGUAAACAAAGUCACAAACACAUACAAACAGCCUUGAUGUAGACUUCAAUACGUAUAAACAGAUGAGGAAUUACACAGUGUUAAAAUAAUUCACGCACAAGUCUAUGUCUUUUCAGUGAUUACAAACGGCAAGGAACCCUCCUGCUCGUUGUCAUAGGUUAACUUAUCCGCGUCGCUCUCUUGGGCUACGGGAGUAAGCAUGCCGACGAUGAUUAAAUGCUGAAGGCGUUUGCUCCUGGCGCUUGACGAGUGCGUAAAGAUAUGAUUUCCCCUCAUGUAAUUCAACAAGCACACCUCCUCGAGACAUAGAUCACACAAAGUGCGCGCACAUUCACUGCUACUCUAUACGAGCGCGUGUUACGCCGUUGAUGCGACCUCAACCGUAUGCGGAAAACGGCCCAUUACAGCAGGCGCAGGCAGUGUGUGCGCCCACAUGUGCGUACUCGUGCCUCCGAAGCCGUGGCCGUUUAGCCUGCCGCGAGUUCUGUAGGUUGCCGCACUUCUGUUGUGUUCCCUUACUUUUUGUCGUUCUCGUUAUUAUUGUUGUCGCGGUCCUUUUACGGGCGCUCUCAGCAGUGUCGUAUGCUCAUUCCACGUUCCGCGCUUGCUGGGAACAGCCCGCGUUGUCCCUCGUUUUGUGCUGGGCAGUAUUUAGUGCGAGUGUUCCGUGUGCACAUGGGAGCUGUAGAGGUGUUGUACGUGUGCAGGUGCCCGUGUGCGUGUGUGCGCGUUUGCCGGUCGCUUGCACGCAUGCUGGCUCCGACUAAGCGCUUCCUGUUGCUCGUGACCGCGAUAACUACGCGAAAGAAUUGUUCGCGUUCGAGAAAACAAAACGCCUGUGUGCUUAAGAGAUGUAUUCACUCGUCUGUGUCUCAAUAAAACAAGUGACGAAAGUGAA